AUGGCUACCUAUUUCUCCACAUCUGGAUUUAUUGCUACAGUAGUCCUAAAUAGUAUAUUGAUAUUUUUGACCGUUUUCCACCUCCGUCAAAUCCAUAAAACCUACAAAACCCUAAUUGUAACAUUCGCAACACUCUGUUUGAUUUUCUCAUUCAUCGAAAUGAUGGUCCAUCCGUUUUAUCACUCCUAUAAUGGUGGUUUGAUCAACUUCAAUAUGGUCAAGUGGGUCGGAUGGUCGGAAGACUUGGUUACUGUACUUGUGGCUUCCUAUUCUGGGGUCUACGUAUCCAUUGUGUCAUUUUUUACAGUCCUUUUUAUGUUUAGAUAUUGGACGAUGAUGGGUAGCCCCAUGAUCGGUUAUUUCAAAGGCUACAAAAUUCUCAUCCUUGUUAGUUGGUCCAUAAUUUUUGGAUUUGUCGGCGGAGCAGUGGUUUUAUACUUCGGUUGGAUAGAUCGCUACUCAAGGGACUAUAUGAGAGACGUCAUGUUAAAGCAUUACGAAUUGGACGUCGAUCAUGUGUCGGGCUACACAGUUAUCGCAUAUGACCAAGGAGGAAACAUGCGGUGGAACGCAUUCGGGUUCUCUUUCGGAAUAAUUUUCUUGAUGGAAAUUCAGUUUUCUAUCGUUGGCUAUUGUGGAUUUCAGAUGCAUUUUAAGAUGAAUGAUAUGCUGAAAAAUGUGUCAGAAGCGCAUCGAAGACUUCAGUUGCAGUUUUUCAAGAGCUUAGUGUUGCAGAUAACCUCCCCCACACUUACCUUCUACAUCCCAGCUGUUGCAAUUCUUACUGUACCAUUUCUAAAUCUACAAUGGAGCUUUCCAACUGGUCUCAUCGUGUGCUCGUUUUCAAUUUAUCCACCUCUCGACUCCCUAAUCCUCAUGCUGAUUGUAACGGACUACCGAAAUGCCAUACGAGGCAUUUUUAAACACCCUGCAAAUGUGUUCGGCACUAGGAAUACUCCAACAACAACACUCGCCAGCUCACCGGUGGUUCUUGCCCCAAGAGCAGCAGUAGCAAUCGCAUGGUUUUAG